GGGAUUCUCCAUUGGCAUUUGAUAGCAGUUAGCGAAUGGGUUGAACAACUAAACACGGCAGACAAAGUGAAUCUGUGGCGGUCCUUAAGUGAAUUCGUUGUGUGAAAAGCGUAGAACGUAGGCAAAGUGUAUAAUUUCGGUUAUUUUUUUAAGCAACAAAAUGGCGAAAGACAUUAAAGGGGAUAUGGUGGUUAUAGACGAGGCGCUCGAAAGAACUGGUUUUGGCAAAUUUAACAUACUUUUGAUAUUAUAUUCCGGUUUCGUGCUCAACACUGUGGUUCUCGAAGCGGUGGGCAUUAGCUUUGCACUGCCCGUCUUAGGAUGUGAUCUGAAUUUAACUCACCAGGAGCAAGGCAUACUAGGCGCUGUUUCUUUUGCCGGCGUCAUUGCGAGUUCACACUUUUGGGGAUUUCUAGCUGAUACACAAGGUCGUAAGCGGACAAUGCAACCGGCAUUAAUUUUGGGAUUUAUCGUUACUGUCUGCUCAAGUUUAUCGCCAAAUUUCUUGACCUUCGCUUUGCUUCGAUUCUUUAAUGGAAUACUCCUCUCCGCUUGUUCCGCGACGAUUUUCGCUUACGUCGGAGAGUUCCAUUGUCAAAGAGAUCGCAGUCGUGCCAUACUAGGCGGUGGUUUGAUAAAUGCGGCCAUUUCAGUAUUUUUCCCCGUCAUCGCUUGGAUAUUCAUCAAUCAAGAAUUUGAAGUCUACGUGCCAUACAUUAACAUAGUUUUCAAGCCAUGGCGUUCGUACUUCCUGGCAUGCGGUGUGCCCGGAUUUGUUUGUGGUGUGAUAAUGUUUUUCUUGCCGGAGAGUCCAAAGUAUCUACUAUCUGCUGGAAAGCCAGAAGAAGCUAUAGAAGUAUUAAGACUCAUGCAUAGAAUAAAUAUCGGGAGCAAGGAUCCUGACAGCAUAUACACGGUUACUACCUUACUACCGGACGCCGACACACCAAUGCUCAAAGUGAAAAGUUUAGAAAAGAAGAAUCUCUUCAUAUCCAUUAUGCAGUCUAUGUGGCAGCAAACAGCGCCACUUUUCAUGCGCGAACAUCUACGGAAGACCUUUCUGUCUAGUCUGAUAUUGUUUAUAAUAUUUUUUAGCGCUCAUGGCGUAUACAUGUGGUUCCCGUAUAUUCUAAAUAACACAAUGCAAUAUACCGAGAAGUUUGCCGAACCGAAGCGUAUUUGUGAUAUUAUCAAAUUCGUACAAUCGGGAAAUCUUACAAGUGUGGAUGAAGAUAUUCCAACAGAAACGUGCAGAACAACUUUGGAAAUAUCAACCUAUAUGCAUACCAUAUUCCUCGAAGUUAUAUAUGUGUCAAUGCUGUUAAUCAUUAUGUUCUUCAUUAGUAGAUUUGGACGUAAACCAAUGCUUUUCAUAUGCCUUUUCAUUUGUGGAGCUUGUGGCAUAUUGGCCUUUACCAUACAAAUUCCCCUGCUAGCCGUUUAUUUCUUGGUCAUUCAGCUUUGCUGCGGCUGUUCCAUAUCCGUGCUCAAUGCCAUUGUUGUCGAAAUAUUCCCAACACAUUUAAGGGGAAUGGCUGUUUGCAUAUCUCUUAUGAUCGGACGUAUUGGAAGCGUCGUCGGAUCCAACAUUUUGGGCUUACUCAUUGAAACACAUUGCGAGAUGGCGCUUUACAGUCCAGCUGUAGCACUAAUUAUUGCGGGCGCUUUGGGAUUCCUCUUGCCGAGUGCAAAACAACUAGUUGCCAAACCAAAAGACCUGGAGAAUACUUCAUAGCUUACCUAUCAAUUCAGUCGUGUUUUUACGACAGAUACAAAUUUUAUUUGGUAUACAAAAUUUAAUUAAUUAAUUUAAUUAACAGUAAAUAUUAUUUUGUUAAACAUUUACUGUGUAAAUAGUUAAUAUGUAUUUAAGUAAGGAUAAAUAAUAAAUGUUUUAUAUUUUUCCUAGUUAAAGUA